UCUAAUGGACACCAGGACGGCUACAGCAGAGCUUGGCUGGACAGCCAAUCCAGCAUCUGGGUGGGAAGAAGUCAGUGGCUACGAUGAAAAUCUGAACACCAUUCGCACCUACCAGGUGUGCAAUGUCUUCGAGCCCAACCAAAACAACUGGCUGCUCACCACCUUCAUCAACCGGCGUGGGGCCCAUCGCAUCUACACAGAGAUGCGCUUCACUGUGAGAGACUGCAGUAGCCUCCCUAAUGUCCCCGGAUCCUGCAAAGAGACCUUCAACUUGUACUACUAUGAGACUGACUCCGUCAUUGCCACCAAGAAGUCCGCCUUCUGGUCUGAGGCCCCCUACCUCAAAGUAGACACCAUUGCUGCCGAUGAGAGCUUCUCCCAGGUGGACUUCGGGGGAAGACUGAUGAAGGUCAACACAGAAGUCAGGAGCUUUGGGCCUCUUACUCGGAAUGGUUUUUACCUCGCUUUCCAGGAUUAUGGAGCUUGUAUGUCUCUCCUUUCUGUCCGUGUCUUCUUCAAAAAGUGUCCCAGCAUUGUGCAAAACUUUGCAGUGUUCCCAGAGACCAUGACCGGGGCAGAGAGCACAUCUCUGGUGAUUGCACGGGGCACUUGCAUCCCCAAUGCAGAGGAAGUGGACGUGCCCAUCAAACUCUACUGCAAUGGGGACGGGGAGUGGAUGGUUCCUAUUGGCCGGUGCACCUGCAAGCCUGGCUAUGAGCCUGAGAACAGCAUUGCCUGCAAGGCCUGUCCUGCAGGGACAUUCAAGGCCAACCAGGAAGCUGAAGGCUGCUCCCACUGCCCCUCCAACAGCCGGUCCCCAUCGGAGGCAUCUCCCAUCUGCACCUGCAGGACUGGCUAUUACCGAGCCGACUUUGACCCUCCGGAAGUGUCCUGCACUAGUGUCCCCUCAGGCCCCCGCAACGUCAUCUCCAUCGUCAAUGAGACCUCCAUCAUUCUGGAGUGGCAUCCUCCGCGGGAGACAGGUGGGCGGGAUGAUGUGACUUACAACAUCAUCUGCAAAAAGUGCCGGGCAGACCGCCGGAGCUGCUCCCGCUGUGAUGACAACGUGGAGUUUUUGCCCAGACAGCUGGGCCUGACCCAGUGCCGGGUCUCCAUCAGCAGCCUGUGGGCUCACACGCCUUACACCUUUGACAUCCAGGCUGUCAACGGAGUCUCCGGCAAGAGUCCCUUCCCCCCACAGCACGUCUCUGUCAACAUCACCACAAACCAAGCUGCCCCCUCCACUGUUCCCAUCAUGCACCAGGUCAGUGCCACCAUGAGGAGCAUCACCUUGUCCUGGCCUCAGCCGGAGCAGCCCAAUGGCAUCAUCUUGGACUAUGAGAUCCGGUACUAUGAGAAGGAACACAACGAGUUCAACUCCUCCAUGGCCAGGAGCCAGACCAACACUGCCCGGAUCGACGGCCUUAGGCCAGGCAUGGUGUAUGUGGUGCAAGUGCGUGCCCGCACCGUGGCUGGUUACGGCAAGUUCAGUGGCAAGAUGUGCUUCCAGACUCUGACGGAUGAUGAUUAUAAGUCGGAGCUGAGGGAGCAGCUGCCCCUGAUUGCUGGCUCGGCGGCGGCCGGGGUGGUGUUCCUCGUGUCCCUGGUGGUCAUCUCCGUCGUCUGUAGCAGGAAACGGGCUUACAGCAAGGAGGCCGUGUACAGCGAUAAGCUCCAGCAUUAUAGCACUGGCCGAGGCUCCCCAGGGAUGAAGAUCUACAUUGACCCCUUCACUUACGAGGACCCCAACGAGGCGGUGCGGGAGUUUGCCAAGGAGAUCGAUGUCUCUUUUGUGAAAAUUGAAGAGGUCAUCGGAGCAGGAGAGUUUGGAGAGGUGUACAAGGGGCGUUUGAAACUGCCGGGCAAGAGGGAAAUCUACGUGGCCAUCAAGACCCUGAAGGCUGGCUACUCAGAGAAGCAGCGGCGGGAUUUUCUGAGCGAGGCCAGCAUCAUGGGCCAGUUCGACCAUCCCAACAUCAUCCGUCUGGAGGGGGUGGUUACCAAGAGUCGGCCAGUCAUGAUCAUCACCGAGUUCAUGGAGAACGGCGCUUUGGAUUCUUUCCUCAGGCAAAACGACGGGCAGUUCACGGUGAUCCAGCUCGUGGGUAUGCUGCGGGGCAUUGCCGCUGGCAUGAAGUACCUGUCUGAGAUGAAUUACGUGCACCGGGACCUGGCUGCGAGAAACAUUCUGGUCAACAGUAACCUGGUGUGCAAGGUGUCGGACUUUGGCCUCUCCCGCUACCUCCAGGAUGACACGUCCGACCCCACCUACACCAGCUCCUUGGGGGGGAAGAUCCCCGUGAGAUGGACGGCUCCAGAGGCCAUCGCCUACCGCAAGUUCACUUCGGCCAGUGACGUCUGGAGCUAUGGGAUUGUCAUGUGGGAAGUCAUGUCUUUUGGAGAGAGACCCUAUUGGGAUAUGUCCAACCAAGAUGUCAUCAAUGCCAUCGAGCAGGACUACCGGCUGCCCCCACCCAUGGACUGUCCAGCUGCUCUCCAUCAGCUCAUGCUAGACUGUUGGCAGAAAGACCGCAAUAGCCGCCCCCGCUUUGCGGAGAUUGUCAACACCCUGGACAAGAUGAUCCGGAACCCGGCAAGUCUCAAGACUGUGGCAACCAUCACCGCCGUGCCUUCCCAGCCCCUGCUAGACCGCUCCAUCCCAGACUUCACGGCCUUCACCACCGUGGAUGACUGGCUCAGUGCCAUCAAGAUGGUCCAGUACAGGGACAGCUUCCUCGCCGCCGGCUUCACCUCCCUCCAGCUGGUCACCCAGAUGACAUCAGAAUUCAGAAAGCAGGUGAUGUUAAGUGCCCUGCCUGAAGAUACGGUGCUGACGAGGGCCAAGGCGAGACCUCCUGAGAAUAGGGGUGACCUUGGCUGGCCAUCAGAAGAAGAUCCUGAACAGCAUUCAUUCUAUGAGGGUCCAGAUGAGCCAGUCACCAACAGCGAUGGCGUGAGGACUCUCAUCUUCUGGGGGAAGGAGAGGAAGGACAAGGACCAACAGUCAAGGGCAAACUGGAGCUUGACCACUGUGGAAUGUUCUAGAAAGGUUGUCUUCUUAGCUGAGAAAUGUGUUUCUAUCAAUGAAGGAUGAACCAAACCUUUUGCCAAGGGGCAACCCUCGUUUCUCAGUGACAGAAGCACCUGUGAGAUGCCGUGGGAAACCAAAUAUAUAAUAAUAAAAAAUGUAAAGAGGCGAUUUUCUAAGGAAAUGAAGACAAAAUAAUAUGCAUCGGGGGAACAAGAGUAAACGUGGCUUCCACCCUUCGUGGGCUGGGGUCAUCCAUCAACAGGAAGAAAGGGAAGGAGGUCGAGGGAAGAAGCAGAAGCAGUUUCCCAUUUAAUUCCUCACCAAUGACAUCCUUUUCUUUUCUCUUUUUGGACUCCGCCCCCAGGGGCCCCUUUCCUUCUCCCACAUCCGUGUCCCUUUGCUCAUGACCCAUGUAGGGAAGUUCCUUCAAAUAAACCCCAGCUCCCGAGUCUCCGGAUGUUGUUCUGUCAGUUGCCAAAGGACUUUGCUGACCACUGCAUGGGGGAUCCAACCAAUUCAAUUAAUGUCUUCAUAUUGAAGAAGAGAUGUACCUUCAAUUGAAAACCUUGUUUUUCUUUUGUUUGCAUUUUCUGCAAAAAGGAAAAAAAAAAAAGAAACCACAAAUUGGAGAAGAAAACCCUGUUUCCGUGUGCCAGCGCGCACAUAUGUAUGUCUGUGUGAUUCAAUGACUGUACUUGUUCGUAAGAGAUGCAAACAAGACAGAACUGGGAAGUCUUUGUCCCUGGGAAACCUCAGGGGGCAGGGGUGGGUGGUUGGUCUGGCUUUCUAGGUAGCCUGAUUGGCCAGUUGGCUCGAUGAGGAGAGAGGGAGGGAAGGCAGAAGAAGAAAAUGAA